AACGAAACAUACGCACCCAUUUCCGUAAAAAAAACACAACAAACGCACCUUAUAUUAAAACUAGGGACUAGUUACCCCUUCACUUUCACUUUAUCUUUAUCUUUCUCUCAUAGUAGCGUCUUCUUCUACUUUCACAGCCAAGUCGUAAAAGAUGGACAACAUGCACAGCUUCUGGCAGUUAGGUGAUGAGCUUCGCGGACACUCAAAAGCCUCUGAGGAUCACAAGUGGUUGAUGGUUGCUUCUAAGUUAGCUGAACAGAGAUCAAAGGCUGAGCGCUUCAACAACCUUGAUCUUUCAAAGGGUCCUCUCGAAACAAGGCCAAGGGAUAAAUUUGGGUUCCAGGAGGAGAACAAAUUCGACACUCUUAACUUGAGCAUGUUAAACCUGGACUCUAAAUUUACCGAGAAUAUGAGCAAAAGCUCGCUUCGGAACGGUGUUUACAAUAUGAAUGCUGUGUACCAGAAAAGCAAUGUAAACUUUGCGGGUAACAUGAAUAGUAACAAGUAUAGCGGUAAUGUUCAGCUCAACAAGGACCCCCACAACAACAACAGCAACAACAAUAACAACAACAAUGAAAACAACUCAAAUGCUACUGACAAAAGGUUUAAGACCUUGCCUGCAGCAGAGACACUCCCACGGAAUGAGGUGCUUGGAGGAUAUAUCUUUGUCUGUAACAAUGACACAAUGCAGGAAGACUUAAAACGUCAGCUAUUUGGUUUGCCUCCAAGGUAUCGCGAUUCUGUCAGGGCAAUUACACCGGGCUUACCUCUAUUUCUUUACAACUAUACUACUCAUCAGCUGCAUGGUGUUUUUGAGGCAGCAAGUUUUGGGGGCUCUAACAUAGAUCCAACUGCAUGGGAGGAUAAAAAAUGCAAAGGGGAAUCAAGGUUUCCAGCUCAGGUAAGAAUCCGUGUCAGGAACAUUUGCAAGGCACUGGAAGAAGAUUCAUUCAGGCCAGUAUUGCAUCACUAUGAUGGUCCAAAGUUUCGUCUUGAGCUGUCAGUCCCAGAGACCCUGGAUUUAAUGGACCUAUGUGAACAAGCUGGUUCUGUAGCCUAAGUAAACAACGGAUUAUGCAAAAUAAUAGAUAGGUUUCAGUGUGCCUGCUGUGUGCUUUUGGCAGAUUUUCCUUGAAGCGUAAGCUUGGAAAGUAGUGUUUGGUGGAUCAUCGUUGGAUAACUUGGUCGUAGCAUGUUUGAGAGUUUGAGCUAUGCUGAAUAAUUGCUGUUGUGUUCUCUGUAUCUGCAUUGUAGCUGUUGCAUAUACCAUCUUAGAUUGAUCUCUAUGGCAUCAUAUAAAUAUGAUUGUCUGUACUGUUAAAGACGUAUUUCUGUUCAACCUAAAAGCAAAAUAUAUGUAAAAGCCCUGUGUUUCUACGCUCUUAUAUUGAGUUGUUCAAAGUGAUUUUUGUUUCAUAUUUCCAAAUCAAAAUGAUUGAGGAAGUUGAACUUUAUAAACUCAUCAAGAAAGAAUUUGAGGAGUAUGGUUAUAAUCGAAUGUUGUGUUUUA